AUGCCGCCUCUCCAAACACCCCUCUCUGCUCUCCGGUCGAUAGCCCGCCUAUCAUCCUUCAACAAACCGUCUCCCCUGUCCCUACGCCAAACUCAACUCCCUCGACCUCACGCUCAAAUUCAACAUCAAAACUUCCCUCUUCGCCUCGCACCCUCAACCUUCUACUCGACCUCAUCACCACGCGCUCCUCAUACUCACACAUCUUCACACAAACCUCACGGCCCACGACCCCCUCUUCAACGGCCACUUCCCAUCCCUCCUAUCAAACCAGAAUACGAAAUGACAUUCACUUGUACGCCCUGCAGCACACGCAGCAAGCACCGAGUUAGCAAACAAGGGUAUCAUAAGGGCAGCGUUUUGAUUACCUGUCCAGAGUGUAAGAACAGGCACGUUAUUAGUGAUCAUUUGGGGAUUUUUGGCGAUCGUAAUUUAACAAUAGAGGAUCUAAUGCGCGAACAAGGACAGCUAGUUAAGAAAGGGACGUUGAGUGAAGAUGGGAAUUUAGAGUUCUGGGCUGAUGGAUCGACUACGACGAGGGCGAAGGAGGGGGAGGACGGUGUCAAGGAGAUUGAUGGUACUGAGAUACCAGGGAAGAGUGGAGAGUGA